UCUCUCGCCAUUUAUCCGUCAAACGCGGCACGGGCGGGUCUACUCGCGUCGCUCACGUGUUUGCGAAACAUUUGAAACUCAAAACGCUCCGCACUCCAAUUUUGACAGCCAUAACGAAUUAGUUUUUUUUUCUAUAUUUAUUUAGUGGAUUUAUGGCCAGUAUUUGAUAAAGUGACUUUUGUGUUUUCACAUCCGAUAUGCAUCGCUCUUAAGAAAUUCGCACGACAGCACACCAAUUUUAUUAGGUCACAAUCAAUGCAGCGAUGAAAUAAGGUGGGUAGAAGAGAUGCAGGCCGGAUGGCGCGGCGCGGGAUGACAUGGCCGUCGCGCUGGUGUUCCUCCUGGCGAUCUUGGCUGGUGUCUCAACCGCGCGCCUCGGUGAGCUGUCCCGCAGAGACAGCGGCGAUGUCUUCACGAUCACAGGAGACGCGUGCGGAGCGGCGCAAUGCGCGGAACACGGGGCGGGCACGCACGAGCCUGGUGCGUGCGCGUGCGCAUGUCCACAACGCGCGCCGCUCUUCAGGGAAGACCGGGAGCUGUGCGUCGAUGACUUGCCCGAAUGUUCACUGGCAACAUUCGGGACAGGUGCUGGAGUGCAACGAAUACCCUUCGUAUAUUUACCACUAAAAGGACAAAUUAUCCACCCGUCGAAAGAAAUUACUUUUAAAGAUGUGAAAACGCCUAUUUGCGCAGUAUCAGGCGCGCAAUUCCUCACUCGCAAAGGAUUCUUGGACCUCCGGAACACGCUGGAUUCUGACGUCCCCUUCAACUUGUUUCGCGAUGAGGGCAGAACUUUCCUUCAAUGGAGUGGCGAGGAUGACGUCCGCGCUCGGAUGACAGGCCGCCUGAUGGUGGUCCGUCUGCUGUGUCGCGACGUGUCCGCCACGCCGGCUUCUCCGCUCGAUCUCAGGGGCGUCUUCACGCCGUGUGUGGCGUUUAGAGUCCAGGGGUCGCCACUGAGACAUUCUUCUAAUAUAACUGAAGUACAAUUCGCUCCAAACGCUCAAACAUCCGAAGUUAUUAACUCAUCAGGACUGAGUGUAUCAGAGUACGUCGCGAUCGGAAUUAGUUCUCUGCUCCUUGGCCUCAUUUAUGUGGCAUCAGUAUUUUUAUUUCUACACAUUAGAAAAAGACGAAAAGCUGCAUCCGAGAACGGUGGAAUCAAUAGACUAAAAGGUUUGAAAAAGAAAGACGGCUCAAUCAUCACUGAACAAGAUAUAAUCCGAAUCAAUAACGAACGACCACUGACUAAGGUUUUGGGACAAGAUGAUGGCGUCAUCAAGAAGAAUCCACUUCUUUCAAUGGCAAGGCAGUUUCAUGAAGCCAAGAGUUUUUCAUGCGAUUCUGGAAGUAAUAUUUCCGAUUCUGAAGACUUUGCCGAAAGCAGUUCAAGAAGCGAGGACAACAUUUAUAAUAGUCAAGUAACAUCGGCAGUGGUACAUCUUCAUCAAGGAGAGCAUGGAUCAAAACACCAAAGCGAUGGCUUAGAAAUAAGUCAUCGUGAUGAAUCUACUAUAGAAAGACUUCCAGACGAACAUGUAUCCAUAGUUGAAACAACAGAUGACCGGGAAAUAGCACGACCGGUUGGAACAACUCGACGCAAGUUAUACUUCAACCCUGCCUAUUUUGAACCACAUCUUAUGGCUGAACCUCCACCUGCUGCAUUAGAAUUCCUCGUUAAAAUUCGGGAAGUGAUAGCAAUAGCGAAACACAAAAUGGCGUCUAAACGCUUUCAACCAGUUCUCAACCAAAUCCCAGAGGAGGAAACCUAUCCUUCAGCCGGCAACAGCAUAGAUCUAUAUCAAGGUUUAGGUAGUCAAAGAAGUGGAAGCGUCAUAAGUUUGAAAAGGGAAAAUAGUAGAAAGAAAACUGCUAACUGCGUGGGCUGUCCAGGUUGCCAGGCUGAUAAUGAGAAUGACGUGCAUAAUUUUAUGAAAUAUAAUGUCCCCGCAUGCACGAACUGCUUACAUGGUAAAGGAGACAAACAGAAUAGCAUUCGGAAAUGGUUAGAGAACAUUCCACCAACCAAGACAACAGAAAAUAAUGAAUUUUUACAAAAUAAUAAUCAAAAAAAUAUAGCAAGCUUCUUAAUGACAUUACCGAUACACGAAAGACACAGAAUCAGAAAACAAAACAGCUUUUCGAAUACAAGCCCCUUACAUCAAAGAGAUAUUACAGAGAGACAUAAAAGAUCGUCGACAAUGUCGGUGAGAUCGGAGCCAGCCAUGAGGAAUUAUAAUAUUCCACUCCCAGAGUUUAACAUGGAUGAUUUUGAACAGCCAAAUUAUAACAAAUUUAGUCAAACAGUUUCCCGAGUUGAAAAUUUUAGAUCUGCUCAUUUUAAUGACUAUCAUUCAGGAAGUCUAAGGAACAAUGCUCUGGCAAAUCAAAGAAGAAACAGAUAUAUUACAAACAAAAAUGCAUUACCUGAUAUGGUAAAUGACACAAUAGCUCUAGAUGAAUGUUCAAAAGUUUAUCAUCAAAGCAGUUCCGAUGAUGAGAGAUUUAACAGAAACUCAGGUUUAAAUGAAAAUCGUUAUACAAGACGAAGAUCUGAAAGUCCCUUGUGUAAUGAUUAUGAGACGGACAGUCUUGAAAGAAGUACUCACCAGAAACGUAUAGGCACACCUUCAGAUUACCCUGACGUUCCAUCGUCACAAGCAAGUCCUAGCUUAAGUAACGCACUUCCAUUAGAAGAAGAACUUACAAUGAGAAAUGCCAUUUACAAAAAUUCUAGUAGUAACAGCAACACGCCUUCGCCCCAGAGAGAUAUUUGUAUUGAACAAAAUCAUUACGAAACGAUUGAGAAAGUUAAAACUGUUAAGCAAAAUACAAAUGCUUUAAAAAAACAAAGCAGUGACUAUAGUCUAGUAAGUGAAGUAUAUGUAAAUAAUAAUUACAAUUUUGAUAGCACGCCAACAUCCCCUAGUGGAUCUGAAUGUUCUAUGGGAAGCAGAAAGUUAAUCACAAAUAUUAACAAUAAUGUAGAAGGAAAGCCAGGGUGUCUUACUAUAGAAGUAGUCGAUCCGCCCGAAAAUUACAUAAAGAUUCACGAAUCGGACGGUUUUGAACCGGACACUCUAGAUCGAAAAAAUCCUAAACAUAAAGAAAUAGUAGAAACUAUAACCGCCGUGCAAUUUACCAGAAAAGAUUUGGACGAUAAUUUAAGCAGGAAACACUCACUACACAAUCAAGCGAUACAAUUGAGGAGUAGUGGAACUUUCACGAAAUCUACCGAAAAAGUUGAAUAUACACCAAAAUUUCAUAGCCUAAGGAAUGAAUUUGAAUACAGAAAAAAUAUAUCUGAUCGCCCAAAAAUAUCAGCAAAUACCUUUGACAACUCUAAACCAGCAACAGAAUCGGAUGAUACGUUGGAUGUAACGGAGGAAUGGAGUACUGAAGAAGGACGCAUACUAACUUUAGAGCUCAGACAUUCAAAAAGACAACGACAAUGUACACCUCCAACUAUAAAACAAUUAAAGAAUUUAGCUCGUCCCGACAUCUUACCUCCAUUGCCUCCUACUGAAGACAGCCCAAUAUAUGAGCAACCUACAUAUCCUCCAAGAAAAGUAGAAAUAGACAAUUUGUUAGUAGAAACUCCUUCAAAAAACGUAAAUGGCCGAAGUCUCAGUCCGAGAAAAUAUACGAAAAAUGCGACAAUUGAGUCCCCAUCAAACGCUAAUUGUAUCGAAUUAGAAUAUGGACCUUCCUGCAGUCCAUUAAGAGCUUCUGGCCAUUUACCGUCCUCGGAGUACCAAAUCAACCCCCUAAAUUCAUCCAAAAUGGGGAAUGUAAGCAGGAACUCAAGCAGACGACAAUCGUUGAGAAAUUCUAUAAACACAAAUACAUUUGUCAAAGGGUCAGCCAAAGAAGACCAAUGCAAGCCUAGAUUCAGGAGGAGAAAAGGACAAUGUAUUGAAGAUUCCGGGUACUUGAGUAGUGAUUCCACGAGUUCUAGGCAGGUGUCAAGAAAAUUGGUGAUACACAAAAUAGUGAGUUGUAGUGAAAGUGACGACACUGAAAAUGAAGCCAGGAGUGAGUCGGGUGCCGAGAGUGUAGAAACACAUUCAGUGUAUUUCGGUAGCUUUAGAAAACUCCAGAUGGACGUUAAAAACGAUUUUGUUGGUGAAAGAGACAGCAAAACGAAACUAAAAUAAGUAUAAAGACUGUUUGUAAAAUUAACUUGUUUUUUUUUAAAUCAGUGCAAUAUAAAUUUGUGCAAUAAUAAGUGCAAUAUUUUUUUUUAUUAACUAGUUAUUAUAAACAAUCCUAGAUUAAGACAUGUAUUUACCUCUAUCGCAAAGUAAUACAAUUGAAUAGGAAAAAUCAUAAUAAUAAUAAUGUAGAUAUAUAUGUAGUAAAAGGCCGGACGUGCAAUGCAAUCAUAGGUUAAUUUAAUAGACCAUAGGUCAAUAUUUUAAUGACUUCAAUCGUAUAAGGAAUUAUUUUCUCAAUUUAUGAAUAUUCUUUUAUGAUUUAUUAGGAGAAUUGUAUGUUAUUUUUGUACAUAACCAAGAAUGAGUCAGGCGGCAUUAAGGCUUCCUAGUACCUGACAAAAUUAGUGCUCCAGAAAGGGGUAUAUAAUAACCGUCCUCUCUGUGAGAGCACAAACAUGGGUUGUGGCAUUUAGACGUUAGUUGGGAACAAACAAUCUAUGGAAUUGUCGGAUUGUGACUAAAUUAACUGUAUGACAGAAAUAAAGGAUAGCCAUUACCUUAAUUCACAUGAAAUUAAAAUUUAUGUAGGUACACAUCGGUUCUUAUUCCAAUGUGAGAAAGUCUAGAAUUGGUUGCGUGGCUAUAAGCGUGCAAACAAUAUAGUCGAUUAAGUAUGUAAUAAUUAACGCACGCAUCAUACGUUUUUCACCAUACUUAAAGUCGAUAACUGUGACGAAAAACGUUGAAUAAAAUACAAGUGCCGUAAAAUUGUGCAAGUGUGUAGAAAAAUGUAUUAAUUCGGAGUGAGAGAUGAUUUCCAAAUGAAUAUAAUUAUAAACGGAUUGUUUGUUACCAACAGUCAGGGAUUCUCUUUCGGUUGUGGUUGUAUAGUUUUAUUACUUUUAAGCAGAUAUACAUAGAUAAAUGCAUAAAAAUAGCUGAUUUUGGUGCUAAGAAUCGCAAAAUGGUGAACCGGGUACAUAUUGUUUUUAAAACGCCAUUGUCUACUUUUUGCAAAAACGUCAUCAAAUGUAUUUUUUUAAUAAUAUUUUAAGUAAAUUAAUAUUUUAGUCUUUUACCGCAUAAUCAAUUACGUACAUACUUAUUUUAAUAUAAUAUUGAUUGAGCUUAACACCUGUAUUUACCUAAUUUCAUGGAAAGAUUCAGAUAGUUACUUAGCUAUCUGCUUAUACGUUUUUGCAAAUUUAAGACACCAGUAUAUAAAGUGUGCGUUUGUAUUUUUUAAGAGUUGAACUCAGUAGAAUAGUAUAACUAUUUAAUUAUUUAUUUUUGGUUAUUUAUUUUUUUCUCUAUUAAGUAAUUUUUAUGACGUUAGGUGUAAUAGUUGUACUAAAUGCUCAAUAAUAUUGCAUAGCAAAAUAUUUUUUAUAAUAGAUCAAUUUUAUAAGAAACUUUUUUUUGUUAAAAUAUUAAGUUUACUGUGUGCUCUUUACAGCCAGUAUCUAUUAAUUAACUGAUAGAUUUAUUUCGUAUUUUGAGUCUAUGUUAUUAUGUCACUUUGUUACAUCACAAGGUUCAUUUCAAGCAAAAUUUUACUACUUGUAUGUGGAU